UCUGCUCUCAUAGAAUCUGGGUACGCCCACGCAUCCAUUCGGACUAUUCCCCAAAUCUCAGGGCUAAUUCCAACCGGAUUUGUUUUCCAAUCUAUAAUGCCCAACUCCAUCAUCUCCCCGACGGCAAAUCUAUCUCUCGCAAGAUGCAAUCUUGGAUUCGUUGCGCUCCGCCGUUGCUUCCAGGUUGGUUCCACCACUCUCGCUCUGUGUAAGAGCAGUAUGACCUCGAGGGUCCGUGUACGCUGCGCGGCGGAAGACGACGCGUUCUACAUCAGAAGGUGCGUCGAAUUGGCGAGGACGGCCAUCGGGUGUACCUCUCCCAACCCCAUGGUGGGCUGCGUCAUCGUCAAGGACGGCAAGAUUGUUGGAGAAGGGUUCCACCCUAAGGCCGGCCAGCCGCAUGCCGAGGUUUUUGCACUGAAAGAUGCUGGAAUUUUGGCUGAGAAUGCAACAGCAUAUGUUAGUCUUGAACCUUGUAACCAUUAUGGAAGAACUCCUCCUUGCACUGAAGCUCUCAUUAAUGCUAAGGUAAAGCAUGUGGUUGUUGGGAUGGUGGAUCCAAAUCCCAUUGUAGCUUCCAAAGGAGUUGAAAGGCUCAGAGAUUCAGGCAUUGGCGUUACUGUGGGUGUGGAGGAAAUGUUGUGCAGAAAGCUCAAUGAGGCAUACAUUCAUCGAAUGCUUACAGGGAGGCCUUUUGUUACAUUAAGGUAUACUCUCUCAUUCAACGGAAGCAUUACCAAUCGACUUGGAAAAGGUGCAGAUGAACCUGGUGGAUAUUUUUCACAGUUGUUGCAGGAACAUGAUGGAAUUAUAAUCCCUGGUGAUCAGUUAACCAAAAUAUCCACUCUACCAACAUCUCAUGAAAGUGGAGCAAAUCAACCAUUUCACGUUGUGAUAGCUAAGGGUGUAAGUUCUUCAUUACAACUUCCAGGGUUCAUAAUGAAGUUUGCAUCAAAGAUCAUAGUUUUGGCAGAUAAUGAAGUGAAAAUACAACCAGAAAUGCAAGGCGUUGAAGUAGUGAUCCUUGAAAACAUUACCCUAAGUUCAAUUCUAGAUUAUUGUGGAAAGCGAGGGAUGUGCAGUAUUUUGUUGGAUUUCAGAGGGCACAGUAAAUCUCUUUCUGAGCUUCUGGAAGGUGUUCUUGUUGAAAACUUGGUACAGAAAGUUGUUAUGGAAAUAUAUCCAUUUUGGCGUAUAAGUGAUGAAUAUUCAUCUUUGCCUUCUGGCUGGAAAUCAUUGAGAUUAAAGAACUUAGAAUCCAGGACCUUAAGUGAAAGCGUCUUGGUGGAGGGAUACAUCUAGUAUCCUUCUCUAUGCUGAUCGAAUUCAAAUUGUUUAACUCCAUUGGCAUAACUAGUAACUUAAUCAUUAGAUGCUUCUCCACUCGUGUUUCUACCUGCUAUGGGUUUCAUAGUGAGAGAAAUGUUCCAAAAGGAUUUCUGGUAAAACCAUCCAUUAUUGUGGUAAUGCACCAGGAGGAAGAAUAUGUUCUGUCUUGA